AUGUUUCACGAAAUGAAAACUUCAUUAUAUACAGCAAGACAUUCAAGUUAUCCACCUGCUCCACGUAAUAUUGAUGAUGUCAAUAUUGAAGGAAUAUGGAGUAAAACUUUAAAUGAAUCACUUAACCAAUUAUCACAAUGUGAUCAUGAUCAUUUAUUUUUUGAUGGAACAUUUAAAUCAUGCCCGAAUCCAUUUUAUCAAUUAUAUUCAGUUCAUUCAGCAAACAAUGAAUUAUCAACACCAAAAUUGUACACCUUAUUAGCUGAUAAAAAAGGUUCAACAUACAUACCAAUGUUUAAUUAAUUUUAUGAUUAUAUAACAAGCACAUGGACAGAUGAUGAUGCAUUAUUUGAUUAUACAUUAUGGAAUUAUUAUGAUUUUAAAAGUUUAAGGACUAACAACAGCGUGAAGGGAUGGCACCACAGACUAAAUAGUGAUUUAAAUAAUGUUGUACAUCCACAUUUUUAUGUAUUUAUACGUGCAAUUCAAAAUGAUUAUGCUUAUAAUUCAGCAAUAUUAUCACGUCAUUUGCAAACUGAUACGCUACCUCCACGGAAAAAAUUAUUUGUUAAUCGAAAUGCAAGAUUAAAUAAUUUAGAAGAACGUUUCAAACAAAAUACAUUAACAUUACAUGAAUAUCUUGAAAAAGUUAUGCAAUUAAUCGGAAUAAAAAAGUAUUGA